GGCGCCGCGCGAGCGCUUGUCGGCGGCGGCGGCCGGCGGCGAGCAGGGUGGCGUGGAGGAGGCGGCGGGCGGCGCCGCCGCCGAUGCCGACGGCGGCGCCGACCCGCCCGCGUCGCUGCUGCAGGCCCGGUGGCUGGCGGGCGGCGGCGGCGCGGCGUAUGCCCCCGCGGCGGGCGUCCCCGUGGCGGCGGGCGGCCUUCGCAGUCGGCCAAGCAAGCCGCUGCCGAAGGCGGCAGCGCGGAGGCCCGCGCCGGCGGCCGGCGCAUCUGCGGCGGGGUUGGCGGCGGGCGGCGGGCGGGCGGGCGGCGGGCGUGCCGACACGCGGGCCGGGGCGGUGGGGGCGUCGCGGCGGCUGGACGCUGCCGCGGCGCGGAACGGCGACGCGGCUGGCCACGCGGCGGACGGUGCCGACGCGAGCAGCUCUGGCGAGAAGGGGGAGCCGGGCCCGCUGAUCAUGCCCGCGGCGCCAAACUCGAACGCGCAAGUCGACCUCGACGGCGACUGCAUCGCCGACUUAGUCGUCGUCGCCUUGCCCGACGGCGCGGCGAGCAGGGUCGGUUUGGACAGCAGCGCGCCGCGCGGCUGUGAGACCGUGGCGUGCCGGUUGCUGGUCUGGGGCGCGGGGCAACUCGCGUUUGCCGACCUCGACUCUGACGGCGCGUUCGACGCAGAGGCAGACUGCGCGACGCGCCCGCCGCAGCCAAAGUCGCUCUGCCAGCCGCGCGCGCUCGCGUUCUUCAAGCAGGCGUGGGCGCUCCCAGGCGGGUGGGCUCUGGCGAAUCCGCUCGGCGCGAGGCCGCCGACGCUGUCGGUGGCCGAUUUCGACCUCAACGGUUUCCCCGACGCGCUGCUGCCGCUAGUCGCGCCCGCCGACGCGAGCGCGUCGGACCUCUCGCCCUGCUCUGCGGGAGAGCCGCUGCGCUGCCUCGAGGCCGGCGGAGGCGACGAGGGCGCGCUGCGGCUGUACGAGGCGGAGACGGCCGUCUACCCGCCGCCGUCCGAGCUGCGCCUCUACCCGAUGCUCGGCGGCGCGAGCGCGGGCGCCUUCUACGACUUGUACGAGGACGGCACGUGGGACGUUCUCGCGCUGCAAGCCGACGGCGGGCUACCGCACCACCCACGGGACUGA